CUGGGAGUUGUAGUUGUGCAACAGUUGGCUGUCUGGGCAUGCUGGGAGUUGUAGUUUUGUAACAGUUGGUUGUUUGGACAUGCUGGGAGUUGUAGUUUUGUAACAGUUGGCUGUCUGAGCAUGCUGGGAGUUGUAGUUUUGCAACAACUGGAGGUACACAAUUUGGAGACCGCUGCCCUAUGCUCUUUAGCACCAUCUGCCGACCACUCUGUGAAUUGCACGCAGAAGCUCAUAAGGGACUUGCCACCCCCAAGAUGGCGGAGCGGCCAGGAUACGGUGGCUGCCACAGAAAUGGUCGCGUCAGGAACCCGGAAGUGAUGAUCUCUUCUUCAUCACAGUAACCACGUGGUCACCGCGAAAUGUUCCCGGAGCUGAGCGCCCUGCUGGGGGCGGAGACUGAGAGCCCGGAGCGGGGACUGUUCACACUGAUCAGCGGACACAAGACGGACCCCAGCUUCCUGCUGCAUCACUUUCUGUCCUAUUACCUGAAGGCCGGAUGUCAGGUUUGUUUCGUGGCGCUCGCUCAGUCCUUCAGUCACUACAACGUCGUCGCCCAGAAGCUGGGGGUGAAUCUCUCGGGUGCCCGGGAUCAGGGGCAGCUGCGGUUCCUGGAGGGGCUCCGAUCUUACACCCGUCUCCUCUUUACAGACACGGCGGAGGCCCAGAAUCCUUUGCGCUUCCUCAGGACGGGGAGUGACCUGAGGCCUCUGUACGACUUUAUUACUGCUGCACUGACGCCCUCUGCAGGUGACCAGUGGAAAUGCCCCGUGCUGAUCAUAGAUGAUGUGAGUGUCCUGCUGAGCCUGGGGACCACCGCCCUGCAAGUGCUCGACUUCAUCCACUACUGCAGAGCCAGCGUGUGCAGCCGCCGCCAGGGGGUCGCGGUUUGUCUUCUGCAGGGCGGUGACGUCUCGGAGGACGCUGACCUGGAGCUGCUGUAUAAUUCUUUGUGCCAUCAGAGCGGUCUGGUCCUGCGGGCGGAGGGUCUGGUCACCGGCUUCUGUAAGGAUGUUCAUGGACAGCUGACCAUCACCCGCAGGACACAAGAUGGCGCCCGGCCCGUCCUCUAUCAGUACAAGAUCCAGGACAAGACCGUCAGCUUCUUCGCCCGAGGAUUGUCUGCGGCCGUCCUGUAGUCCGUGUCACCCGGCCGCCAUUACAGCUUUAUACCGGGAGGAAUGGUGGACUGCGUGUAAUACCCACAGGGGGCGCUGCAGGGGGGGGGGGGGGACGGGUAUCCAAUAAAGACCCAUCUGAUAUACAGGGGGCAGCAUAGACCCCCCGGAGAGGGAACCAAUGGAGGGUGACGGCUGCCAAGUGUAAGGAGAACAACCAACAAGCCCGGCAUCCCCCUCCCCCCCCCCCCCCCAAGGACAGAAAUGGAGGAAGAACCAAGGAAACAAAACAUUUCAGAGAAAGUUUUUUUUUUUAUGUAAGAAAAUUACAGAGAAUUGAAAAGAGAACAAAAAAAAUAAAAUAAACAACAAAAACUAAAUUAAAAAUAUACAAAGAACCUAAGAGACUGUACAAUGAACCGAAUCCGCUCUACAGCGUAAAAACUAAAAACAGCAAAAUAAAUUAGAACCUUUACCAAAAAUAUUAUUUCCUCUAUUUCCAUGAUGCAAGUUAAACUUGACAUUAAACAGUAGUUGAUGAAGCGACAUGAACCGUUCCUGUGGGGGGCGGGGUGGGGGGCGGCUCUGGUCAUGUGACCUACACAAGGGGGUGAUAAGGGCUUUGGGGGCCACUUCUCUCUCUAUAUAUAUCAGUGUUUCCCAACCAGGGUGCCUCCAGCUGUUGCAAAACUACAACUCCCAGCAUGCCCGGACAGCCAUUGGCUGUCCGGGCAUGCUG